AUGGCAAGUGAAUUAGUGAAACGAUAUUUAAGUGUUGAAGAUAAGGUGUUUUUGGUAACUGGUGGAGCGGCUGGUGUAGGAGCCGGAGUAGUUAGGGCAUUGCUAGAAGAAAAUGCAAGGCAUGUCGCCUUCUUGGACGUAUUGGAUCGUGAAGGCUCUCUGCUUGAGUUUGAACUUCUUAACAAGUAUGGUCCACUCACAGCCAAGUUCAUCAAAUGCGAUGUAUCUGACGAAGAGCAACUAGCAAAUGCAUACAAAUAUGUGCUCAAAAAAUAUCGAAGACUAGAUGGAGUAAUAAAUAAUGCAGCCGUUUUGAGUGUUGACGAGAGCAUCUACUCGUACAAGAGAAUGGUCGAUGUUAAUUUUACUGCAGUAGUGCACAGUACAAUGAAAGCCUUUCAAGUGAUGGGACGCGACAACGGCACGUACAGUAAUGGAGGUCUUGUGAUCAAUAUAUCGCAUCUCAGUAAUCGCCUACCUGUAUAUGCAUCUACCAAAACGGCUGUACUUCAAUUUAGUAUGGCUAUGGGAGCACAGGAGCAACAUUCAAAGAGUGGCGUUCGUGUUAUGACCAUAUGCCUUGGACCGACGGACACUGCGAUCCUGGACAGGAGUAACUUGCAGAAUUUUGACAAAAAAUCUAGUGAACAGCUCACGUCAAGAGUCCAAAGCAGACAAAAGGUAGCAUCAGCUGUGACUGGCAUUUUACAUGUGAUGGAGCAUGGAAAAAGCGGGUCAACAUGGAUCGUGAAGAACGAUCAGCCGGCGUAUGAGUACCCAGAAAAAAUAAACGAAGCCUUUAAGAUUUUAUCAGAGACAUAUUGA